CGUUUAUCCCCACUCUUCCCAUUUUGCUGCAAUCGAGUAUAAAAUCAAAUCGAAAUACUGUGUGCUUCAUUUUUCGUCCUAAAUUGUGUAGAUAUUGUUGAAUAUCAGUUGACACUCAUAUUUAUUCAGGAUGGCAACAAGAGACAAGGCCUCCAAUCAACUCAACGACUUCAAAAAGAAAGUUAACGAAGCCGAAUCCGUAACGACCGCAUAUGGUAAUCCUAUCUUUGAGAGAUCUGCUUCGCUGAGUGUCGGUCCUAGAGGACCACUCCUUCUUCAAGAUCAAACCCUUGUUGAUGAACUAGCUCACUUCGAACGUGAAAGAAUACCAGAAAGGGUAGUCCACGCUAAAGGAGCCGGAGCAUUUGGUUACUUCGAGGUUACCGACGACAUAACCAGGUACUCAGCCGCCAAGGUAUUUUCGACUAUUGGCAAAAAAACUCCGAUCGGAGUAAGAUUUUCUACCGUCGGUGGAGAAUCAGGUUCUGCAGAUACUGUGAGGGAUCCACGUGGAUUUGCCGUUAAGUUCUACACGGAAGAUGGCAUCUGGGACAUUGUGGGAAACAACACUCCAAUUUUCUUCAUUAGAGACCCUAUUUUCUUCCCUAGUUUCAUCCACACGCAAAAGAGGAACCCUCAGACACAUCUCAAGGAUCCGGACAUGUUUUGGGAUUUCAUGUCAUUGAGAUCAGAAACUAUGCAUCAACUAUUGUUCUUGUUCUCUGACAGAGGAAUUCCUGAUGGAUACAGAUUCAUGAACGGAUACGGCUCCCACACAUUCAAACUGAUCAACCAAGACGGCAAAGUGCAUUUCUGCAAAUUCCACUACAAAACUGAUCAAGGGAUCAAAAACCUAGACGCAUCGAAAGCUGAUCAACUCGCUGGUCUAGAUCCCGAUUAUAGUAUCAGGGACUUGUUCAAUGCCAUUGCUGAGGGCAACUACCCAACUUGGACUUUGUACAUACAGGUCAUGACUCCUGAGCAAGCCGCGGCCUGCAAAUUCAAUCCGUUUGACCUGACCAAAGUAUGGCCUCACUCUCAAAAUCCGUUGAUCAAAGUAGGAAAACUGGUACUGAACCGUAAUCCUGAGAACUACUUCACAGAGGUUGAACAAAUCGCGUUCAGCCCUGCUCAUUUGGUACCAGGAAUCGAUUCUUCUCCUGAUAAAAUGUUGCAAGCACGUUUGUUUGCUUAUGGCGACACGCACAGACAUCGUCUUGGACCUAACCAUUUGCAGUUGCCCGUUAACUGUCCUUUCAAAGUACGCAAUUAUCAGCGUGAUGGGCCAAUGUGCCUGAACAACCAAGGAAGUGCCCCCAACUAUUUCCCCAACAGCUUUGGAGGACCUGAAAGUGCUAAGUGGGCUCAAGCUCUGAACCCACCUUUCACAGUUUCUGGAGAGGCGUACAGAUAUGAAACAGGAGAAGACGAUAACUUUGCGCAAGCAAGACAAUUCUUCCAGAAAACAUUGAAAAAAGAUGAGCAAGACAGGAUGAUUGCUAACAUUGUUGCGAAUCUGUCGAAUGCUUCGGACUUCAUACAGGAGAGACAGGUGAAACUCUUCAGACAAGUUGAUAAUACCAUGGGAGAACGGAUUGCUCAGGGCUUGACCACACUGAGACGUACUAGAUCAAACUUGUAAUUGGUGAUGGUACCAGCAUAACAUCCAAUAAAUGAAAUACAUUUUUAAGGUGUCAGUUAUAAGGUUUUAAUAUUAAAAAUAGAUACAUAUUUUGGUUUAA